AUGCCCGGCGAAACAACGACAGAUGAUCCACAACGUGAACGUCUUGUCUAUACAUAUACAUAUACAUCAGACGGUGAUAAUGGUCAAGCACCACAAUCAAAUACAGUUAAAGUAACAACAACAGUUGAAGAAGAAACAACACCUGAUGGAACAAAAGUUGUACGUAAAAAAGAAGAAUCUCAACAAGUAUCAAAAGUAACAAAAAUACAAAAAAUAACACGUGUACAUCGUCAUCUUAUUGAUCCAUUAACUGGUGAACUUAUACGACAAGAUGAUCCAAAAUAUCAAGCAUUAAUUGCUGAAUAUGGUGAACCAACACCAACAACAUGGUCAGAUGAACAUAUUGUUUAUGAAGGUAAUUCAAUACCAACAAAUGGUAUUAUAACAAAACAUGAAACAAGUACUGGUUUUUCACCAAAUUCAUCAUUUACCCAACAAAAAUCUCGAUUACGAUCGAAUGAGGAACAUUCACCAUCAUCAGCACGUUCAUCUCAACGAUCAACAACAACAACAACUACUACACAUCAUCAUCAUCAUCAACAACAACAACAACAACCACAACAACAACAUUCAAAUUAUGAACAACCAACAAAUCGUAUCGAUCGAAGUACAUAUGCAUCUGGUGGUGAUAGAAGUGAAACAGGAGUAGCAGUAACAAAUGGAUCAAAAUAUGAUAGUCGAGAAAAAUACUUAAAUGAACGAUCAUCAGGAAGAAUACCACCACAACAUUUGAAUGGAGGUGGACGAAAUGGCUAUACUCAUGAUAGUCUUGAUCAACGUUAUACUGGCACACGUUAUAAUGAACCAGAAAAUAAUAAAACUAAUACUGAUGAAAAAAUUAUUGAUUAUGAUCCAAAUGAUCCAAAUUUAGUUGAUGAACCAUAUCUUGAUGUUGAAAAUCCUUAUGAAGGUUUAGUUCCAGGUCGACCAGAUAGUAUUGGUCGUGCACUAUUACCAACAGCUGGACGACAAUCUCCUGAUAGUAUUGGACAAGGCUAUGGUGAAGAUUAUGGUACACUAAGUCGUAUGUAUGCAUCAUAUGGUUUAAAUGAUGAUGAUUAUCAUUCUCGACGACGAUCACCUUCAAUAGAUACAGAAUUUCGAGAACAACGUUGGCGUGAUCCAGAUUUACAAGAAGUUAUUGAAUAUCUUGGUCAUACAAGUGAUGUUAUUAAAGAGAAUGCAGCUGCUUAUUUACAGCAUUUAUGUUUUAAUGAUGAUAAUAUUAAAUCUAAAACAAGAUCAUUAAAUGGUAUUGCUUAUUUAGUUGCUUUACUUCAACAUGAAAAACCUGAAAUACAAAAAAAUGCUUGUGGAGCUUUAAGAAAUCUAUGUUAUGGAAAACGAAAUGAUGAAAAUAAGAUUGAACUUAAAAAUCGUGGUGGUAUUCCAGCAUUAAUUCAUCUUUUACGUCGAACACCUUAUGACGAUGUUCGAGAAUCAGUUACAGCUGUUCUUUGGAAUGCAUCAUCAUCACCACAAUUAAAAGGACAAAUACUUGAUGAAGGUUUACAUGUACUUGUUAAAAAUAUAAUUAUUCCUUAUUCGGGUUGGGAUGCUGAUGUUAAUCGACGUUUAAAUCCACAAGGAAAAUUUCCACCUGUAUUUAAAAAUGCUACCGGAAUACUUCGUAAUUGUUCAUCAGCUGAUUAUGAUGGUCGAAGUAAAAUGCGUGAUUGUGAAGGUUUUAUUCCAUCACUUCUUCAUGCUGUAAAUUCCAGUCUUCAAUCUUUAAAUGAAAUUGAUAAUAAAUCAAUAGAAAAUUGUAUGUGUAUAUUACGUAAUUUAUCAUAUAAAUUACAAGAAGUUAUUGAUCGUGAUUAUGAUCGAAAUUAUCCAGCUAUGGCAGCUGCAUCAACAUGGAGUAUGACACCAUCACAAUAUACUAGUGAUCAAGAAAAAAGUAAAAUUGGUUGUAUGGGUUCAAAACAAAAGAAAACUAAACAAUUAUAUGAUCAAACAGGAACAAAUAUGAAUACAGUUCAUGCUAUAAUGGCACCACGUGAUGGUCGACCCGUUGAAAUGCUUUGGCAAACAGAUGUUAUUGGUACUUAUGUACAUCUUUUACGACAUAGUAGUAAUCCUGAUACACUUGAAGCAACAGCUGGAUGUAUUCAAAAUUUAACUGCUUGCUAUUGGAAACCAUCGAUAGAUUUACGUGCUGAAGUUCGAAAAGCUCGUGGCCUAUCGGAAUUAGUUGAUUUAUUACGUGUUGAGGAAAGUGAUGCUGUUGUUAAUGCAUCAGCAAUAGCUUUAAGAAAUUUAGCAAUUGAUCCAAAAAAUCGUGAUGUACUUGGUGGGUGGGCUAUAAAAGAACUUGUUGCUGUUUUACCUGAUCCAUCAGAACAGGCAACAAGUCGACGUCGUCAUACUGAUGAAACACUUACAUCAGUUCUUGCUGCAGUUAAUGAAAUAAUUCGCACAAAUGAUACAAAUGCAAAAAUUUUAUUUCAAGAAGGUGGUGUUACGAAAAUGACCGGUAUUAUGAAUGCAAAAGGACAUAUUUAUAAUGCUAAAGUUAUUAAAUAUACAGCACAUGUACUUAAUACAAUGUAUAAACAUCGUUCAUUACAUGAAUUAUAUAAACAACAUGGUUAUAAAGAAAGUGAUUUUAUACAUCAUAGAUUAUUAAAUUCUAAAUCAUUAACAUCAAGUCCACAAUCAACAUUACAUAGACCGAGAGGUGAUAUGGGACAACCAACACAUUUUACAUCCAAAGGAAAACAAAUUACUCGUCCGCAAAGAGGAGAAGAAUAUCGAAUGCAAAAAUUAAACCAAAGUAUGGAUAAUCUACAAAGACCAUAUGGAAAUGGAACAAUGUCAUCUUAUGGUGAUCCACAUGCCGAUCUCUAUGCUACUGUACAUAAAAAUCGACCACAGCAAGUUCAACCGGCUACAUGGGAUCAACUUGGACAAGCAUCAACAUCACCUGAUUCUUGGGUAUAA